ACGUGCUGUUGGUUGAACUUUAAUUUUCUUUAUGGAAAAACGACCGACAAUGGAGACGAAUGUAACGCGGUGGUUUAAAUAGAUACUCUUUAAAACAUUUUUUAACAUUAUUAAUUUUAACACAAAAAUGUUUGAAGAGUGUUUUGGUGAAGGUCCUUUCAUUUUCCGUUUAAAUGAUAACGGAGCCGGACCACUUCUUUUAACCCAAGUUUGUUUAGAACGAGGAUGGAGAGAAUAUAAUUCAGAAAACGGCGAUCAUUGGAACCUUUGGUGGAGAACUUCCGGGUUUUCCGUCAGUCAUCAUAAAAGUUUAUACGCUUGGCAGUUUAUAAAUCAUAUCCCGAAAGGUUCAGCAAUUUGUCGCAAAGAUAAUUUAGUUCGUUAUUUGAGGUGUAUGAAGAAGGUUUAUGGAUCAAUCUACGAUUUUAGUCCUGAUGGAUUUAAUCUUCCAUUAGAAUACACCAAAUUAGCUGCUGAGUGUUCAAAAUGUAGACCAUUUACAGCAAGAAAUGAUAUUGAUUUGUAUUACGAAGAUAAACCGGUGUGGAUUUGUAAACCGGUCGCUCAAAGUCAAGGAAGAGGAAUUUUUCUUUUCAGAAAAUUAAGUGAAUUAACUUACGAUAGUAACACGAUCGUUCAGAAAUAUAUCGAAAAACCAUUAUUAAUCGGCGGAUAUAAAUUUGAUUUGAGGCUUUACGUUUGUAUUCCAUCUUACCACCCGGUUACGAUUUAUUUAUAUCGGGAGGGAUUAGCCCGAUUUGGUACCGAUAAAUUUAGUUUGAAUGAUCUAAAAAAUCCUUAUCGACAUCUCACGAAUAGUUCAAUAAAUAAAUGCGGACCUGGUUACACUGAAAUGAAAGAUCGAAUUGGGGCCGGAUGUAAAUGGACUUUUCGGCAAUUACGAAGAUAUUUCCAACAAGCGGGAAUUUCCGAUUGGUUACUUUGGCAAAAAAUCUCUUCCUUAAUCAUUUUAACUUUAUUAAGUCACAUUCAACAAGUUCCACAAACGGUUAAUUGUUUCGAAUUUUUUGGAUUCGACGUUUUAAUUGAUAGCACUUUAAGACCUUGGUUGUUAGAGGUAAAUUUAAGCCCAGCUUUAGGAAACGAUUGCGACGCUGAUAGAACAGUGAAAAAACCGAUGUUACACGAUAUGUUCGAUCUUUUAGGGUUACCUUUAUACAACACAGGAUUAUGUAUUUAUCAUAUUUGGAACGAUGACGAUGAGAAUAAAUUGGUUGAAGAGGACCAAAAACGCGCCAUAAAACCAUCUCAAGCCGUCGUUAACGCAGCUGGAAGAUGGAGGAAAAAACACAGAAAAAUGUCGGCGAGAUCAAUUUCACGAAGUAAAUCGGCUAAUAAAGUAACAAAAAAUAAUUUAAACCAAAAUAACUUAAAAACGUACAAUUACACAAACAAAUGGGGUAAUGGAAAAGAUUGGAAGAAUGCCCCAGCGGAAGAAGGGGGUUGGAUAAGAUUAUGGCCGAUGAAUUCGAGGGUGAAUUACAACAAUGAAAAUAUGAGUGUUAAUAGCAAAGUGAAAUUUAUGGUGUCAGAAGUGAAUAAGUUUAGUAAAGUUGCGAAAGAAAUUUUUAAAAGAUACCCCGCCGCUUCAGAAUGCCAAUUAAACGAGUUUUUGCAACAAAAAUUCGAUUUAAAUCGAGAUGUUUGGAUUCCGCCAAUUUAAAGGUUCAACUGCCAUUAUUAGUUGUUAAUUAGUAGCUUAAAAUUAAGAUUUAAACUUUAAAAAUUAAAUUUUAAAUGGUUAUUUAUUGAUUUAUCUAAUAUACAUAAUAAAACAAUCCAUCUAAACACUACAAAUCCUUUUCGUCUCUAAAAUGGCAACUUUAUUCGAAUUCUUCUCAUCUCCUCCAUUAUUUCUUAAAUUUUAUACAAUUAAAACACAAAGAUUUAUUUAUACACAAGUUAUAUAAGUACAAUUUACAUAGUUCUUAUUUUUUUUCUACUAAAAUAUACCUGAUGUUUUGUUAUUUAAACUUAAACGACUAGUAUACAUAACACAUAUAGAUAAAUAUUUUUUUUUAUAUUUAAUUACCUAAAAAGACUAAAAUAAUCAUCUAAUAGUUUUUUUUUUAACACAAAAAAUUCAUUUUGGUUUAUAGAUUUGGCUUUUUUAAGCUGAAUUACAAGAAUAUAUAAAUAAAUAUAAUUAUAUUUGGCGAAAGCUUUUUUAAACCCCUUUUUAAAAAUCAAAUAACUUUUAUUUUAUUUCUUUCUUCUUUAAAUUUUUUUUUAGAGAAUUCUAACGGGCGUGGUUUUUGCAGAAAGGACGACCA